GAGACGCCUCCGGAGACCGAGUUCGGUUGAGGUGGCAAUUCGGACACGUUGGUGCGCAACAGAAAUCGGUCGAAGCCAACUUUUUCCAGGUCCACCGGGCUACUAGCCAUAAAUUCCUUACCUCCCCUGGUCCAGAAAAAAAAUGAUUGGUCGAAUUUGCCUAUUGUGGUGCUUCCUGGGUCUCGCCUUACUUGCUUCCAGCUGUGUUCGAGCAUGGGAUGCAGAAGAUCAUGAAAUCUUCGAUCUCGUGAGCGCGCUAGAAGCUGCGGAAGGAAAGGGCAUGACGUUUUAUAAAUUUUUGAAUGUACCCAAGAGUGCGACCCUCAAUGAAAUCAACAAAGCUGCCCGAAAACUAUCUCUGUCCAUACAUCCAGACAAACAUCCGGGAAACAAAACGAUCGAAGCCAAGUUCUCUCGAUUAGGUUUAAUCACUGCGAUUUUGAGGGACGAAGAGAAGAGGAAACGGUAUAACUUUUUCCAUGACAAUGGUGUUCCGAGAUGGAAAGGAACAGGAUAUAUGUACUCUCGAUGGCAACCCGGACUCGGAUUUGCUGUUUCAUUUGUGUUAUUGGUAGCGACUCUGAUGCAAUAUGGUGCCCAACACGUAAACUAUCGUUCAGAAAUAGCAAGAAUACAAAAAUUUCAAUUUGCUGCUCGCCAAGCUGCCUACAAGAAAGGAGAAAAAUCCAAUGCUGGAUCCAAGUCGCAAGGCCGAAAGAAAGUGAAGAUCUCGAUCAGCAAAAGUUUAAGCAAUGAGCAAGAAGGGAAUGGCGACGAAUCGGAGAUGCCGGUGCCUAAGAGUCGACAAGAACGGCGAAGAAUGCAGCAAGUCACCGGUUCUAAGGUGGACAAGCCCAGUAAUCCGGGGUGGAUUGACAUGGUUGUUGAAGGUGAUGAUGUCUGGAUCGUCGCCGACGAUGGUUCAGAAUUGCCGCUUGUGGAAUCAGCUGCUGCUAAACCUGCGUUCCAAAGAACCUUCAUACCCGCCAUGAUUUCCCGGGUCCUCGGCGUGUCUACAGUCGACAGCACCUCUCCAGCCGGGAACUCGGGCACCCAAGAUGGGGCUGAAUCAGAUGGAAACGAUAACGAAACAUCCAAUCCGGAAUCCUCCGAAGCUCUCAAACCUCAGCAGACCAAAAACCGCAAAGGAGCCAAGUCGAAAUCUAACUGACUUUAUCACUUUUGUCAAGUUUUCACCACUAAUAACAAUAGAAACCUUGAUUGUUUUUUUUCUUUCUUUCUUAGUUUCUCCUUGUGUUUAUGAAAUAGAUGAUUGAUUGACAAAAAGGAAAGCAA